AUGGAUCGAGCCGCGCUUCCACCGAUCAAGCCGCAGCGGUCCAGACAGCGUCCGAAGUCUGAAAGGCCCAAGGAGACGAGGACGGAGAUAGUAAGGCCACCGGACAUCGAGGGCAACCUGAUCAAGCGCUGGGGCAUGAAUUUUGUGCAGCAAUUGGGGCAGAACUCCUACCCCACCAAGCCAAACCGCUGGCAGCGGUCAAUGCAGGGAAAGCAGACGGCGCCCAGAGUAGCACGGUCCAUAGAAGAAGCCGCCCUAGAACAAGGGGGGUCCAAGGGCGUGUGGGGCGAUAUGUCUCGCAUUCUGGACUUUCCUGGUCGGCCCAGCGGUUCGCAGAUGUCCCUUGAGUCCUGGGAGGUGGACAGUGUGGAGUUCGAUCAUGCCCUGCGGCAGAUCCCCAUGCUUGCCUGGACAGUGGAAGGCAUGGUCUUCUCUGGGCUGUGCGCAGACGCAGGAGCCGACCGGAGCGAAGUGCAUCGCCCGCCGGCGAGUCAGCGGGCGCUCGCGGAAGGAAUGUUGAUGGACACCUUCAUUGGAAUGCAGAAGGCGUUUUCCUACGCCGGAGCGCCUUCGCACGGCAACCUCACAGGCCGCUGGGAGGCGCGGCGAGUUCCGUUGCAGGCGAAGGACGGGCAUGACACGUCUGAGGUUCCAAAGGCCACAGUGCUGAGCACCGCAGUAAGCCUUGCCAAAGGCAUGUUGGGCAGUGGUGCGUUGUCGCUCUCUGCGAAUGUGGCGGCCUUCACGCAGACCUCCCAGGGCCUGGGGGUGGCCACCAGCAUCAUCUUCGUCAUGACCAUGCUGGCCGCUUACACCUUCCAGAUGGUUGCAAAGAUCAGCUCAGAGACGAGCACCGAAGACUUUGGCACCGCUUGGUCCGCUACGGUGGGAGAGGAGACCUCAUGGAUGCCGCGCUUGGCAGUGGGCAUACUCUCUGGCAUCACCUGCACUGUAUACGCGAUGAUCCUUGGAGACUUAGUGUCAGGUUUCCUGCACCACGCACUGCCUGCUGCAGGAGCUUACAAAGUGCUUUGCUCGCGUGGGUCCGUGCUGGUCAGCAUCACUUGCUUCGUUUUGCUCCCACUUUGCUUGGCCGAAGACUUCUCGAGCCUGGCCUUUACUUCCUUGCUUGGGCUGGUUGCAUGCGUGUACCUUGCCUUCUUUGCCAUCACCAGAGCCUUUGAUGGCAGCUAUCUUCCCGGAGGGCAGUUCUUCCCUUCCGCCCCUUAUGGAACCACUCCGCUGGUUGGGGCCAGAAAGGUUGCAGAUGCAGUGAACAUUCGGGCCCUGGUUUUCCUGUCCAAUGUGAGUACCGCUUACAUGAACCACGGCAUGGCGCCACCCACAUUCCAGGAGCUGAGAAGGGGAGCGGACACAUCCUCUCAAGCCCUCAGACGAUAUAGGUUGGCAGUCUUGGGCGCCUUCGGGGUCGCAGGCUUCGUUUGCACCGCCUUGAUGGCGGCUGGCUUCAAGACCUUUGGCGCCAGCGCCAGCGGACUGCUUCUCUCGAAUUACUCCGGCAUGGACCAUGCAGCUUCCUUGGGUAAACUCGGGGUGAUGGUGAGCAUCCUCUUUGGCUACCCGCUGAACUUCAUCCUGCUGCGCACUGAAGUUGCGGCUGCCCUCAGUGGAUCUGAGUCGCUGGGGCGAAACCAGCUACGAUGGUUGACGGCUGCCUUAUUGGCUGUGACCAGCGGGGCUGCAGCAGUGCUGAAGGACAUCGGAGUAGUGCAAGCCGUGGUGGGCUCCAUCUUCGGCAGCUUCAUUGUCUUUGUUUCGCCGGCGCUGAUGUCUCGAGGGCUUCGGCGGCUGAAGGGCUGGCCACGCAGAAGUUAUGCUGCUGUGGAAGUGCUUUUGGCCAUGCACCCUGGCAGAGUGCCGGGCAGGAUGGCGAAUUUCGGGAAGCCCGGGCCCAGCAAUGCCCUCGAGCCCUACAGACCGGUGCAGGAGAUGGCGGACAACCGGAUCAGCAGCCGUGUGAAUGUGGAGGAAGUGCUCCAGAAUCUGGGUCUCAAGACUCAACGCUCGCAGGAAGGCAUCGAGUCCGAUCUGGAAUUCGACCGCAUCCAGUGGUCUGCCAACUCAGAGGAGGAGCUGCUGACGGAGGAGAUGUUUGUCGCCGCAGCGUCACAGCUCUGGGGCUUCGAUCGGGUGGCGGCCCGCGCGAUGUUUUAUGCAAGCGACAUCAAUGACACGGCGCGCUUGGACAAGGCUGAAUAUCUGUUGCUUCGGGAGGCCUUUGUGAACGAGGAUGAAGUUUCCAGGCACAAUGACCUCAUCCAAGAGCGAUAUACUUCAAGUAUGUACUCAGACGGCCAGCGCAAAGGAGCGUAUUCGGUACCUCGCUGA